UGUUCCACAAAUUUUGAAAAUCGAUCUGUUUUGACGUUUAGUCUUCAUUCUAUAUCAGUAAGUUUUUUUUACUAAAUAUUGUGCAUUAUUUAUUUAAGACGUUUCAGGUAAAGAUAAAUCUAAACACUGUGUCUGAAUGUCAGAAUCGUCAUUAAUUUGUGGAAAAAGAACAUUUAACCGAAUGUACGAAAUAUACAAUCUGACCACAGGAUUUGGAUUAGCUUUAAAGAUUGUUAUUAUAAUACGUAACAUUUAAACUCGUCAAACUGACCUUCAGCUUUUAAUGUAAAACUGUUGUUAUUGUUUCAUUUUUAUGAAAACAUUAAUAAACUUUUUUAGAACAUUACAGAGUUAAAUAUGUGAAUUAAUUUAAUAGUUAAUGGUAUCAGAACGUCAUUUCAGGUUUUUUCAGGGGGAGGGGACAAAACUAAAACUUGUUCGGCUUGUUAAAUUGUUAAUUACUGGAGGCGUCAUUGUACAGAGCAAUUUAAAAAAAACAAAAAACUGCAUAUUCAGGUGUUGGAGGGGCAUGGUAAAAACAUGUGAGUUUAAGUUUUAAUAUUGAUUAAGGUACACUAUGGUGGCCGUCAUGAGUAGGCAAAAUCCGAUCACAUUUUAAGUUAAUAAUAUACUUAUAUUAUAUUAGGAUAACUAUUAUAUUUAUACUAUUUGUUGUUAUUCUUUCUUAAUUUUCUAUCGACGUUCUACAGAGAAUGGCCACAUCGUAUCCUCAUUUCCUACAGCAUGUCAACCUGCUUCUUGUCGGAAAGACUGGAAAUGGGAAAAGCUCGACCGGCAACUCGAUACUUGGGAAAAAAGUUUUUGUCAGCAAAAGUAGCACCACGUCAGUGACCUUUGAACCUAAGCUUGAAACAUCCGUGAUCGACGGACAGACCAUAUCGGUGACGGAUGUCCCUGGUCUUUCGGACACUCAGUUCGACAAGGAAGAGAACGUCACGAAGGCCAGGGACUGGAUCAACAAGGCGAUCCGUCUUUCUCAUGGUGGCUUCCACGGAAUCGUUUUGGUCAUCCGUUUCGGAAAUCGCUUUACGGAAGAAGAUCGUGAGUCCAUAGAAGUCUUAAAAUCGAUUCUUGGGAAACGAGUCAUACAGGACCACGGCGUGUGUGCUAUUACGUACGGGGACGCUCUUCGGUGGGAUAUCGAAAACGGAGAGAUCGGAUCGUUUAAGGAAUGGUGCUCGGAGCAGAGUGGCGCUUUCCUUGAUCUUUUGAACGAAUGCGGUCAAAGGUGCGUGCUUUUUGAUAACGUGUCUAAAGAGGGAUCAGUGCAAAAAUCUCAGAGAAAUGAGCUAAUUCAAGAAGUAAUGAAACUUCAAGACGGCGGGAUUAGAACAUAUGGUGUUCAUGAGCUUGACAAGGCGACACGAAGUCAACACAUAAGGUCGCCCUCGUUAAAUUUGAUGACGACCGUUGAGCUUCCCAUGACGAGAUCUCCAUUUGCAAACCCACAUUACACUUUUGGAAGUUACCGCCGCGGUUUUUUUCAACAAACGGAAAGAGAUGACAGUGAUGAAACGGAAGACGAUACGUCAACUAGUGAAGAUGAAGAUGACAAUGAAUGCAACAGAGUUGACACACUUGACCAUUUGAACCAAUUUUUAUACCAACGUAAAUUAAGAACAUGGAUGUAUCGCAAUCAACCUAGCGAUGAUGGCGACAUUGAUGACAGUUCGGCUGAUAGCCACAACGAUGAUGACAGUGACAAAGAUGGUGACAGCGAUGAUAGCGAUAAUGAUAUUGACGAUGAUGAUACUGAUGAUAGCGAUGAUGAUAGUGACGAUGAUGAUAAUAAUGGGGCUGAGGAGGUCGAGGAGGAGCAAGACGAGGGUAAUGCUGUGAAUGAUGAGGUUGUGGAUCUAACGAGAUACCUUCAAGGCUAUUCUAGGGAGGAAAACCAGGAGUGUAGACUGCUGUGAAUUAUAUAAAGUCAUCAACUAAAUAAGAUCAUCAUUGUACACAAA